GCAACGAGUCGCCAUUAUCGCUAGUUUCGCCGGCGACCGCGACCCCCGUGGCAUACGAUUCAGGAGAGGAUUCCGCUCGCCGUACUACAUGAGUCAGCUGUUCAGCCGCGUUGUUUCCGUCAACGGACGGCGAUCGACGUUCAGCUGUUUUCAACGAGGCUUCCGCGUAUCGUCGCAAAAAAUGGUUAUCGCCGUUGGAGACAAAUUGCCCCAAGUGGACCUCUUUGAGAACACGCCAACGGACAAGGUGAAUCUAGCGAAUCAGUCCAAGAAAAUCAUAGUGUUUGGUGUGCCGGGUGCAUUUACGCCUGGUUGUUCAAAGACUCAUUUGCCAGGUUACGUUUUAAAAGCGGAUGAACUGAAGUCUAAAGGAAUUUCAGAGAUUUUCUGUAUCAGUGUUAAUGACCCAUUUGUCAUGGCAGCUUGGGGAAAAGAGCAUGGUGCAACAGGAAAAGUACGAAUGUUAGCUGAUCCUAAGGCGGAGUUUACAGACGCCAUUGAUCUUGGUAUGGAUUUACCAGCUUUAGGAGGCAAACGCAGCAAACGUUACUCGAUGGUUGUUGAAAAUGGAAAAGUGAAGGAAAUCAAUGUUGAACCGGAUAAUACCGGUCUAUCCUGUUCCUUGGCGGAUCGCAUUAAAGUUUAAAAAAAAAAAGAGCUAUCCUAUUUCCUUUUUUUCAUUUUUUUAGGGUCUUCAACAUGCGUGUGUAUGUAUAUAUAUCAGCAGAAAGAAUGUUCGUGUGAUAGACAAGACAAGCUUGUUGCACCAUCAAAAAGAGGAAAGAAGGGAGGGUCACCUACUUGGCUGCAUUUGGAAAAGUUACCCGAGUGCUCCUAUGUAUCAUUUUAUCCUUGUUUCGUACUUUGUAAACAACAAGGAUAAAAUGAUACAUGAUGGGGCACUCGGGUGAUGUUCCUGAAUACAGCCCUUGUUUGUUGUACAGUCGGCAAUGAAUUAUUUCGCAAGAAGAGAAGUGACUUUUUCUCCACUUUCUCCAUAAGCCGAUCGACGAAUUAUCAAUGAGUGAGGGAACAACAGUUCCUCUCUCGUGAAACAAUUCAUUGUCGGUUAGUGUAUGCGUGCGAAUUCUCACACAUAUAUUUCUGCCAAUACAUAUAUUAUUAUAGGCUGCUUUUCUUUUAGAGAACACAAUUGACAUUUUUGAUACAAAUCGACUCUUGUCGUUUUUCAUUUAGAAUUUAAUUUAAACUCAAUCGACAUUUUUCGACUCUGUUCGGGAGGAGAGUUGGAGUGUUUUUGAACCGAAUAAACGCAUCUGCUCUGAGUAUUUCGAUAGAAUCUUUUUUCGAUAAAGCUUUUCUUAAAUUCUUGUUUUUUAAAUCUUGGCCAUUUCACAGUGGCAAACUGUGCUCGAGUGUGUUAACUUGUGUCGAAUUGUAUCUCCUAAAAGGAAAGCAGCCAAUAUUAACUUUUAUUCCUCAACCGUAGCGAUUCUACUUUUAAAACGAAGAAUCGGUUGUAUUACAUUAUGCGUUUAGUUAAAUCUUUGUAUGUUGCGAUAAAAAUAUUUCUAUGUGUGUAUCUAUAACUUUUUUAAAUUAUUCGUCUUCUGAAGAUAUCAAGGAAUUUUACAAAAGUAGUUACUUGAGCGCUUAAUAAAUCUAAGUAACACAUAAAUUAAAAUAUCAAUUAUAUAAUUAUACAUGUGUUCUAUAAUUUAUGAAGAAAAUUAAUUAAGUUUAUAUUGUAUGACAAAAGUUCAUUAAUAAAGAGAUUUCAAAACAAUAAAAAUUUCAAAAAGAAA